AUGGAAUUGGUUUCGAUAAGUGAAACCGACGGAGGUGCUAUUACCAGACUGCUAUCAAGCAAUCUUCCUCGCACGGUGGCUAGACAUGCGAUUAUUGUAUUGCAUUACUUCAGAACCAUCAGUGACGAAGAGCUACCUAUAGAUGUUCUUCUUGGCGGAUGCGUUUUGUACGCGGUUAAGCAACGGCAAUAUCCUGAUGCGGCCGAAUUUCUCAGUCAGUGUUUGGAACGCGCGAAGGAAAGUGAUAUUGUUGGCUUUGAAUUGUUGUUAGUGCAACUUGUUCGUCAUAAUGUGUUAUUGAUUGAGACAUGCUUGCGUUCCGUAUUUCACGAAGUUUUGCUUGACAACCCUGUAGCUGGAUGCGAUCGCGAACGCACUAUUAAAGUGUGUCUGCAUAUUAUUUCUCUUUUAUACAAAACGAGAUGGUGUCUUUUCCCAGAGACUGCUGCAAGAGCCGCUUUUCUUGUGGCGUGUGAGAAGUGUGAUGUAAAAUUGAGAAAAUUACCAUGCGCUUUUGGCACUCCCAUGGCCACAGAGAUCGCGGAAUAUCUUCGUGACUAUAAGUGGGACUGA